GCGAUUUCUCCCUGACAGUUUCAGUUAGCCCCGAUUGAUUGAACUUCCUCAAUUAUUUAGCCACCGUGAUAGGAGGUCAAUCACGGAGCUGCUAGAUAUACGUAGCUUACUCUUGUUGAAACGUUCAACCAUGAUAAAGAACGAUGUUACGCAUACACAGGGAACUAACAGCCGCUUUAAUCGUUAUCACUCGUCUAAUAAUUGUCUCAAUUUUAGGACUGGUAGCAUUGAAAGGUUGGUAGACGGUGAUAAAAGGGUGAUCGCCACCAAGCAUUUGCUUCCAGAGAAUAACAUAAAUGUUGUCGUCAGUGCGAAGGAUUUCCAAGCAGCGUGGAGAAGAAAGGUAAAUUAUUUUCGUACAACGUGGUAUUCGAGCCCACAGCCACUCAGGAGGACAUCUUACAAUUCUCUGGCGUGAAGAAGCUCAUUGAAAUGGCAGUAGAAGGGUUCAGUUGUACUGCGUUUUGCUACGGGCAAACAGGAAGCGGGAAAACUCACACCCUCACGGGGCCUCCGGAAAUGUUCGAAAGAAUGAAUCCUUACUCGGAGCAACACGGUCUGGUCUUCCGGUCUUUCGUCUAUUUGUUUAAGUUGUUGCAAGAACGGCAAGAAUGUAACUUCGUGUUGAAGGCCUCCUUCCUAGAGAUCUACAACGAGAAGGUCAGUGUACAUUGCGUGGAAUUAGAGGAAAGCUUCGGGGUCACCGUUUUACAGGGCAACCUUUUAACUUCGAACCGCAGGUAAUAGAUCUGUUAAAUCCUGGCACGUCGAGGAAACCCUUAAUGGUUCGGUGGAGCAAAAAGACACGAGGUUUCUUCGUUGAGAAUCUUUUCACUGUCGAGUGCGAGGAACUCGAUGAUCUUCUGGCAGUUCUCGAAGA